CCGGCCAUCUGCUCUGUCUCCUUCCUUUGUUUACGCGUACAUGAGAGAGGCUCCCGGGGGCAAUUGUUUGUGUGUUCCUGACCUCGUCGUGUCGUCGCCGCCACAGUGCUCGCCUUGACCUGGUGGUGCCGAGAGGAUCCGUCGCCGUCGCCGGCCGUGAUGGGGUUCGCCGAGAAAGGAUCGCCGCCCGUCACUGGUGGAGGGUUCAGUGGACAGAGCUAUCUGUGUUAACAGAAUGAAGGCGUGGCCAUAUGAGGGCCAAUCUUUUUUAUCAUAGUAAAUCUACCAGAUUUCUUCGCUGUGGCACUGGCGAAUUACUGCUGAAUUGUGAUUAGGCUGCAUAACAUUAACGCGUCCAUUUGAUUGGUGAACCCUGGUGAUCUCCAGUGCAUCUUUAUUUCACACAAAUGCAGUGAAAACGGCAAGUUCAGCUAUGGGUAUGCAAGCUCUCCUGGGAAAAGAUCCUCCAUGGAGGACUUCCAUGAAACAAGAGUUGACGGUGUUGAUGGAGAGACAGUUGGACUGUUCGGCGUCUUUGACGGUCAUGGUGGAGCUCGAGCAGCCGAGUUUGUGAAACAAAACCUUUUCACGAAUUUAAUCAAGCACCCAAAGUUCUUCAGUGAUACCAAGUCCGCUAUUGCGGAAACUUACACGCACACGGACUCGGAGCUUCUGAAAGCUGAUACCAGCCAUCACCGCGAUGCUGGGUCAACCGCUUCCACGGCCAUCCUCGUAGGCGAUCGCCUGUUAGUUGCAAACGUUGGGGACUCCAGGGCAGUCAUCUGUAGAGGAGGGGAUGCUAUAGCGGUUUCGAGAGACCACAAGCCGGACCAGACAGACGAGAGACAAAGGAUAGAAGAAGCAGGAGGGUUUGUGAUGUGGGCUGGAACGUGGCGUGUCGGUGGCGUCCUUGCUGUUUCUCGAGCAUUUGGGGACAAGCUCUUGAAGCAGUAUGUGGUUGCUGAUCCAGAGAUCAAGGAGGAGGUGGUGGACAGCUCCCUCGAGUUCCUCAUCCUUGCAAGCGAUGGCCUCUGGGACGUGGUGACCAACGAGGAAGCCGUUGCCAUGGCGAAGCCGAUCCUGGACUCGGAGCAGGCGGCCAAGACGCUGCUGGCUGAGGCCUCCCAGCGCGGCAGCGCCGACAACAUCACCUGCGUGGUCGUGCGCUUCCUGGAGCAGCAAAACGGGCUUGCCGGCAGGGCCACCAACGAUCAGGCAUCGUGAGAUCACCCUGGUGCCGGUGCUGUUAAAAGAGCUAGCGUGGUCCAUUGCAAAAUUCAUUAUUCUCGUUCACAGCGCCAAGUGCAGCUGCAGCUGAUUGUAUAUUGUGCAUAAUGUGCCGAGUUAAUUCUUUAAUUUUAACUUGGGGAUUGUUUGUACCAAUAGUUUGCUGCACUAAAAAUCUAAAAUGAGAUGCAAUGUUUGCGUUU